GGGCUGUGAGAUCUUACUCAGGGCUUCUCAGCGGGAACGAACCAGAUUAAUUUCUCCACAGCUGGAAUCUCAAGUGCUUAUGGGAUAAUGACACCUCUGACCUUUCUCCCUUUCGGGAAGUACUUGAGUGUGCAGCUGUAUGAGGCCUCAGUGCGGGAGAGAGUUUGAGCCCGAGAAGCUACCCUGGCAGGACAAGGCAGAAAAAUACUGCAUUUUCAGGACCACGUCCUCCUGAAUCUCAUUUGAAGAUUGGAUGUUUGCCAAGCACCUGCUUCUUAGGGAUGCUGGGGGAUUUAAUGAUACUCCCAGGAACCUGUAGGAAUUAAUGGGGCUUGUGGUGAAGUGCUCUGAACUCAGUGUUGGAACUUGAAUAAAAUGAAUCAUUAUUGUAUUUUCAGAACAACUAAGCUGUUUUAAAUUUCAUGUGCAUGAAAAUGCUAGAGCUGUGUUAUUUCAGGAAGUGAAAUGGAUCCCACAUUUAUAUCAUGUGGUCAUUAGAGAAUAAAGGCAGCCCCCGUUGAUGACUGAAAAUGACAAAGCAUCCACCUAACAGACGAGGAAUCAGCUUUGAAGUGGGAGCCCAGUUGGAAGCCCGGGACCGAUUAAAAAACUGGUAUCCAGCUCACAUAGAAGAUAUUGAUUACGAAGAAGGAAAAGUACUCAUCCAUUUCAAGCGUUGGAACCAUCGUUAUGAUGAAUGGUUCUGCUGGGACAGUCCUUAUUUACGCCCUUUAGAGAAAAUACAGCUGAGGAAAGAGGGCUUACAUGAAGAGGAAGGAUCAUCUGAAUUUCAAAUAAAUGAGCAGGUCCUUGCUUGCUGGUCUGAUUGUCGUUUUUACCCAGCCAAAGUCACUGCUGUUAACAAGGAUGGUACUUACACUGUGAAAUUUUAUGAUGGAGUAGUUCAGACUGUCAAACAUAUUCAUGUCAAAGCUUUUUCGAAAGAUCAGAAUAUUGUGGAUAAUGCUAGGCCUAAAGAAACAGAACACAAAAGUCUUUCAUCAUCUCCUGAUAAACGAGAGAAGUUUAAAGAGCAGAGAAAAGCCACAGCCAAUGUGAAGAAAGACAAAGAGGACAAAGCCUUAAAGACAGAAAAGAGACCCAAACAGCCUGAUAAAGAAGGAAAGUUAAUCUGUUCUGAAAAGGGGAAGGUGUCAGAGAAGAGCCUUCCCAAGAACGAGAAAGAAGAUAAGGAGAACAUUUCAGAAAAUGACAGAGAGUAUUCUGGAGAUGCUCAAGUGGAUAAGAAACCUGAAAAUGACAUUGUGAAGAGUCCACAAGAAAACUUGAGGGAGCCAAAAAGAAAGCGAGGCAGACCCCCUUCCAUAGCUCCUACUGCUGUGGAUUCAAACUCUCAAACUUUGCAACCAAUAACAUUGGAAUUGAGAAGACGGAAGAUAUCAAAAGGAAGUGAAGUUCCAUUAAAACGUCCUCGGCUUGACAAAAAUUCAUCCCAGGAAAAGUCAAAAAACUACUCGGAAAACACUGACAAAGACUUAUCAAGGAGACGGUCCUCCAGGCUGUCCACUAAUGGGACCCACGAGAUCCUAGAUCCUGACUUGGUUGUAUCAGAUUUGGUUGAUACGGUUACUACUGAUCCUUUGCAAAACACAUCAUCUGGUACCAAGGAGUCUGAAGAAGGUCAGUUGAAAUCUCCUUUGGAAGCUGGCCAGGUCUCAUCUGCACUAACUUGCCACUCCAUUGGGGAUGGAUUGGGGCCUGCAGGCUUGGAGUUGAACUGCAAGUCAAUGGGCGAAAACACUAUGAAAACGGAACCGGCUUCUCCCCUUGCUGAGUUACAAGAGAUUUCUACGGUGGCAGUAACAAAUACUUGUAAGAAAACAGAUGAUUUUGUGACAUCUAAAGCACCAGCUGUCGACCUAGAUCACAAGUUUAGGUGCAAGGUUGUGGAUUGUUUAAAAUUUUUCCGCAAAGCCAAACUGUUGCACUAUCACAUGAAGUAUUUCCACGGAAUGGAGAAGUCACCAGAGCCAGAGGAGAACUCAGGAAAGAGGCAUGUCCAGACGAGGGGCUCUUCAGCUUCAGACAAGGCCAGCCAGGAGAGCCUGACCAGGAAGCGGGUCUCGGCCAGUUCCCCAACUGCAAAAGACAAGGAGAAGAAUAAAGAGAAGAAAUUCAAAGAGUUUGUGAGGCUGAAGCCAAAGAAGAAAAAGAAAAAGAAAAAGAAAACCAAACCUGAAUGCCCCUGCAGUGAGGAGAUCAGUGAUGCCUCCCAGGAACCUUCUCCACCCAAGGCAUUUGCUGUCACAAGGUGUGGGUCCUCACACAAGCCCGGGGUCCAUAUGAGCCCACAGCUCCAUGGCUCAGAAUCUGGAAACCACAAAGGGAAAGUGAAAAUGUCCGAAGAAGAUAAUCUGAGUGACUCCUCCUCCGAGAGCUUUCUUUGGAGCGAUGAGGAGUAUGGCCAAGACGUUGAUGUGACCACUAACCCAGAUGAGGAACUUGAUGGGGAGGACCGUUACGAUUUUGAAGUGGUCCGCUGCAUCUGUGAGGUUCAGGAGGAAAAUGACUUCAUGAUUCAGUGUGAAGAGUGCCAGUGCUGGCAGCAUGGGGUCUGCAUGGGAUUACUGGAAGAAAACGUGCCUGAGAAAUACACCUGUUAUGUUUGCCAAGACCCUCCAGGUCAGAGACCUGGCUUCAAGUACUGGUAUGACAAGGAGUGGUUGAGCAGGGGACAUAUGCAUGGCCUGGCAUUUUUAGAAGAGAAUUAUUCCCACCAGAAUGCCAAGAAGAUUGUGGCCACCCACCAGCUUCUCGGCGAUGUGCAGAGAGUGAUCGAGGUUUUGCAUGGCCUGCAGCUCAAGAUGAGCAUCUUGCAAAGCCGGGAACAUCCUGAUCUGCAGCUGUGGUGUCAGCCUUGGAAACAGCAUCUGGCGGAGGGGAGAUCUCAUUCCAAACACAUCCAUGUCACUGAAGUCAAGAGCAGGGAGGAAGCCCCAAGCUAUAGAACUUUGAACGGGGCGGUGGAGAAGCCUCUGCCCCUACCCUUGCCCCGGUCUGUGGAGGAGUCAUAUAUCACCAGCGAGCACUGCUACCAGAAGCCCCGCACCUACUACCCUGCUGUGGAACAGAAGCUGGUGGUGGAGACCCGGCGCUCUGCCCUUGACGAUGCAGUCAACCCCCUCCAUGAGAAUGGUGAUGAUUCCCUCUCUCCACGCCUGGGCUGGCCUCUAGAACAAGACAGGAGCAGAGGGGACAGUGACCCCAAACCCAGCUCCCCAAAGGUGAGGGAAUAUGUCUCCAGAAAGGUCCUGCCUGAGGAAGCCCCCGCUCGGAAGCUGCUGGACAGAGGCGGAGAGGGGCUGCUGAGCUCCCAGCAUCAGUGGCAGUUUAACCUGCUGACGCAUGUGGAGUCUCUUCAGGACGAAGUCACGCAUAGGAUGGACUCCAUUGAGAAGGAGCUGGACGUGUUGGAGAGCUGGCUGGACUACACUGGGGAGCUGGAGCCCCCGGAGCCUCUGGCCAGGCUUCCACAGCUCAAGCAUUGCAUCAAGCAGCUGCUGACGGACCUGGGCAAGGUGCAACAGAUCGCACUCUGCUGCUCAACAUGAAACUGGGCACCCCACACUAAUGGGGGCACAAUCCUGGGGCACCUGCCGGAGGAGCUUCACAUAUUUAAAUAAAUAAACCUAGCAUGCCGAAUGCACGUGACACCGACUGACUUCAGGGAUCUGGGCAGGGGUGUGAUGGACUUGGACAAAGAGGCUGUUUUGGCUGCUGGAAGGGAGGGCACUCUGAUCUCGAAGCCUACCAAGAAGGUAGCAAAUAGACUCUUGGGAUUCCCUUCUUCUGUGCACAUUGUUGAAUGGAGAGUGAGUCUUUUUGCACAAACUUCACUUGAAAUCGUGCCACUGAUGAUAAAUGGAAUGAGAGCCAAAAAAGUUUAGUCGGAAACAGUUGUAAAUUCAACUUGCAGCUUAUUUAAUUGACUUUUCUGUCAGGUUGGGGCACAUGCCAAGCCUUCUGGUUUUCUGCCUGGCAUGGAUUUAGGCAGCAGGCAUCAUUUUCGUUUUUCCAGCUUCGUGGGAAUGUCGUGACUUCACCGUUCUGUGGAGGUUGGGAAGGAGCAGAGUCCUUGGCCGCCCUGCCUUCUUAGAACUCUUCACUUUCUCACCACCUCUGUUGCAUGACUUCAUGGUACCAGGGACAAGUUUUGUAUGCUUUCACCCCAGAAUUGGCUGGGUUGUGUCUUUUGUAGCAGAACCCAUACAGCCUGUGGAAGAACUAGAAUCUCACUGUAAUAAUCUAGGAGGAAUUCCAAACUGAAGCAGGCAGGGUCUGGAACCCAAAGAACAGCAUUUUCUACCCACUUCUUGACAGCUUACCAGUUCUAUUUAAUGUCCAACAAAUGGUUCCCCCAAAUUUGAACUCUCACUGUAAAGAUUUGUUACAAAGAAUGUGGUUUGGGGAAUUACCUUACUUUGUAUUGUUGUAAACAAACCAGAUUCUACAUCUGCUGCCGCUUUUCCCCUUCCCCGAAGGGUAUAUGUUCAGUAGUUGGCAUUUUCAGAAUUGUUUUAAUAUACUUUAACACUUUAAAUUUCCUGUUCGUAUUAUUUUGUGAGAUCAAGGUGAUUAUGCUGCUUAAGGUCCAGGUACAGUUUGUACCUUCUGAGACAAUAUUUGUUACUCUUCCAGGUUACGGUUCCACGUGUAAUUGUUUUGUUUUUCCUUACUAGUUAAAGUUAAAGAAGAUGUUCCAUGCUUUGAGGAGUGACCCGUUUUACCAUUUAGUUUUCCUAUCACUAAAGGCAAAAAUCAAAGCACAUCUAUCCAUUAACACUCACAAGU